AUGACAUCUAACUUUAAAGACUCAGCACAAGUCAUUUAUGCGCACCUACAGAAGAAGUACCGGUCUAUCAUUCAAGACAUGAAACAGCAGUUGCUCAUGAAGGAUGACAUCAUCUAUGAUAAGGACAAUCUCAUCUCCCGUUUGCGAGACACCAUUGCCAUGCUGAGG